GAUCAGACUGAAGAUGUUCGAGUUUCCACUGAAGAAGACAGAGAGCGAGAGCAAUUUAAUAUGAAGUGGAAGUUGCCAAUAACUUCAAGGCAGCAGCUCCAGGAGGAACAACAGAGGAGGGAGGAUGCUGAAAAUACACUUGGCGACCUGCAGAACGAUAAAGAAAAGCUGGAAAACGAGCUCCAGGAUGAGAAGAAGAGGAAUGUAGAACAAGAAGCAAAACUCAAAGAGCUGGAGAAGAAGAAUACUGAAAUCAUCAAUCAGCUCCAGCAGGAGAAAGAAACAUUAGAGGAGCUGAAGAAGCAGCUGGAGUCCAAGAAUCAGGAGCUUUCUGACAGCAUCAGUGAGCUUAACAGGGAGAAAAUGAUAAAGGAGAGUGAAAUAAACACCAUGAAAAAUCAGCUGGAAUCCAACAAACAGGAGGUUAAUUUCAUCAUUUGAUACUCAGCUGUCUGUCACUGUCAUAUGAAAUAUAUUUAAACAUGUCCAGCAUGUUCUUCAUCUGCUAAAUAAUUUUUCAUCACUGAUGGAGAAUCUUAUUGUCUCCGGGAGCUAAAGGAUCAAUUCUGCUCCAGAUUUUUAUUGAGCCAAAAAGCUGCUGUUUCAAACAGAGGUUAUGUUAACCAGUUAUAGAGAGAAAGGACCAGGCGAGCACGCAAAAUUCAUAGAAAUAUCACCACUUGCCUCAACAUUGACAUAAUUCAGAGCAAACACGAAUUAUGCAGCUUGUUGUUGUUCAUUUUGUUGAAUUACAGCUGUGCGUCAGGCUGCUGUCUGACACAUCCUGCAGACAUUAUGUGCAUGUUUUGCUGGCUUUGCAUGAAGGUGCAGCUGAUGGAGAGGAGCAGAGACACUCGUGUGAAAAAGACUGACAUUAAUUUGGGCGUCAUUUAUUGCAUCAACUCACAGUUCAUUAUGCUGUAGAACACGUUACAUUUAUUUCAAUAUUAACUCUGAAGCACUGUGGUUGGAAACAUGUUGUUCACAGUGUGAAGCUUCAAUAAUUUUGUCACUUUUACCAACAAAGUGCUGCAGAAAUAUCAAAAUCUGUCUGUCUUUAUUUCUGACAGAUGAUCAAAUCUGAGAGAGAGAAGGAUGAAAUCAUUACGAAGCUGAGGCAGACGAUCGUUACACUGGAAUCAAAGCUCCAGGAGGAGAAACAGAGAAGGGAGAAAGCUGAGAAACAAGUUCAGAUGUUGCCAACAGAAACAGAGAUUUCUCACAUCAACAGUCCGUCCAAGCAGAAGAAAAAGAGACUGAAGGAGCCUCAGAAAGAAGUCAAGGGACAGCCCAAAAAUGAGUGCUGUGCUUUCUGAUUUGAUUUUUAUUUUUAAAGAAUUAGUUUACAUUUAUGUUUACAUCAACGGCUGGUGAGCCAAAGCAAAUUGCAAGGAACCCAUAUGUGUAUGUGUGUGUGUAGGACAGAGAGCAAUUUUAAAAUGUGUAACUUUAAUGCUGUUAUAUGCACCAACUGGUCACCCCUCCCUGAGCCUGGUUCUGCUGGAGGUUUCUUCCUGUUAAAUGGGAGUUUUUCCUCCCCACUGCCACCAAGGAACUGGACUCACAUUGAGGUUUUUUGAUUGUUGGGGUUUUCUCUGUAUUAUUGUACGAUCUUUACUUAACAACAUAAUGAACUUUGACUUUGCUAUAUAAAUAAAAUUUAAUUGAAAUGAA